UAGCAGAGCCGACCGCGCGGCCCGGGCACCGGCAUCCUCAGCGCGCCUCCCUCCCAGGCAGCGAGCCCGGCCGUUCGGCACGAUGCUCCCGGUGCAGCAGGAGCUGAAGCCCAACCCGCUGCAGGACGCCAGCCUCUGCUCGCGCGUGUUCUUCUGGUGGCUAAACCCCUUGUUUAAAAUUGGCCAUAAACGGAGGUUGGAGGAAGAUGAUAUGUAUUCGGUGCUCCCGCAAGAUCGCUCCAAGUACCUAGGAGAACAGCUGCAAGGGUAUUGGGACAAAGAAGUCUUCCGAGCCCAGAAGGAUGCGUGCAAGCCUUCUUUGACAAAAGCAAUCAUAAAGUGUUACUGGAAAUCAUACCUAGUUUUGGGAAUUUUUACACUCAUUGAGGAAAGCAUCAAAGUAAUUCAGCCCUUAUUUUUGGGGAAAGUUAUUAAUUACUUUGAGAAUUAUGAUCCCCAGGACUCCGUGGCUCUGUACAGAGCCUACGGCUACGCCACGGUGCUCACCGUCUGCACGCUCUUUCUUGCCAUAUUGCAUCAUUUGUAUUUUUACCAUGUUCAGUGCGCCGGGAUGAGGCUGAGAGUAGCCAUGUGCCACAUGAUUUAUCGGAAGGCACUUCGUCUUAGCAACCUGGCCAUGGGGAAGACCACCACAGGCCAGAUCGUCAACCUGCUGUCCAACGACGUGAACAAGUUUGAUCAGGUGACGAUCUUUUUGCACUUUCUCUGGGCGGGGCCGCUGCAGGCCAUUGCAGUGACAGCCCUUCUCUGGAUGGAGAUCGGAGUGUCGUGUCUUGCUGGGAUGGCGGUUCUGAUCAUCCUCCUGCCUUUGCAAAGCUGCAUUGGGAAGUUGUUUUCAUCACUGCGGAGUAAAACUGCAGCGUUCACGGACGCCAGGAUCAGGACCAUGAAUGAAGUCAUAACUGGAAUAAGGAUCAUCAAGAUGUAUGCCUGGGAGAAAUCCUUCGCGGACCUUAUCACCAGCCUGAGAAGGAAGGAAAUUUCCAAGGUUCUGAGAAGUUCCUACCUCAGAGGGAUGAAUUUGGCUUCGUUUUUUGUGGCCAACAAAAUCAUCCUGUUUGUGACCUUCACCAGCUAUGUGCUUCUUGGCCACGUGAUCACAGCCAGCCAUGUGUUUGUGGCAAUGACCCUGUAUGGGGCUGUGAGAUUGACUGUCACCCUCUUCUUCCCGGCAGCCAUCGAGAAAAUGUCAGAGGCAAUUGUCAGCAUUCGAAGAAUCAAGAACUUCCUGUUACUAGAUGAGAUACCACAGCCCAACCUUCAGGAGCCAACAGAUGGCAAAACAGUAGUGGAUGUGCAAGAUUUCACUGCUUUCUGGGACAAGACAUUGGAAACUCCAACCCUCCAAGGCCUUUCCUUCACCGCCAGACCCGGAGAAUUGUUAGCUGUGAUAGGUCCCGUGGGAGCAGGCAAGUCUUCACUGCUGAGCGCGGUGCUCGGGGAGCUGCCGCCGAGCCAGGGGCUGGUCAGCGUGCACGGGAAGGUCGCCUAUGUCUCCCAGCAGCCCUGGGUGUUUUCUGGAACUGUCAGGAGUAAUAUUUUAUUUGGGAAGAAGUAUGAAAAAGAACGCUAUGAGAGAGUAAUAAAGGCUUGUGCUUUGAAAAAGGAUUUACAGCUUUUAAAAGACGGGGACCUGACUGUGAUAGGAGACCGGGGAGCCACACUGAGCGGAGGGCAGAAAGCACGACUGAACCUCGCAAGAGCUGUCUACCAAGACGCCGACAUCUACCUCCUGGAUGACCCACUCAGUGCAGUAGAUGCAGAGGUUGGCAAGCACCUGUUCCAGCUGUGUAUUUGUCAGACCUUGCACGAGAAGAUCACAAUUUUGGUGACUCACCAGCUGCAGUACCUGAAGGCUGCCAGCCACAUUCUGAUACUGAAAGACGGAGAAAUGGUGCAGAAGGGAACUUACACUGAGUUUUUGAAAUCUGGAAUGGAUUUUGGUUCCCUUUUAAAGAAGGAAAACGAGGAAGCAGAGCAAACUUCAGUUCCAGGGACUCCAACGCUGAGGAAUCGAACCUUCUCGGAAGCUUCCAUUUGGUCUCAACAGUCGUCUAGACCCUCCUUGAAAGAUGGCCUUCCAGACGGCCAAGAUACAGAGAACAUGCAGGCAGCACAAUCAGAGGAGAGCCGAUCUGAAGGGCAAGUGGGCUUCAAGGCCUACAAGAAUUACUUCGCGGCAGGUGCUUCCUGGUUUAUCAUCAUUUUCCUUACUCUGCUAAACAUGGCAGCUCAGGUUGCCUAUGUCCUUCAGGAUUGGUGGCUUUCCUACUGGGCAAAGGAACAAAGUAUGCUGAAUGUCACUAUAAACGGGGAAGGAAAUGUAACAGAGAAGCUAGAUCUUAACUGGUACUUAGGAAUUUAUGCAGGUUUGACUGUAGCCACCGUCCUUUUUGGCAUAGCAAGAUGCCUGUUGAUGUUCUAUGUCCUUGUUAAUGCUUCGCAAACUUUGCACAACAAAAUGUUCGAGUCAAUCCUGAAAGCUCCAGUUUUGUUCUUCGAUAGAAAUCCAAUAGGAAGAAUUUUAAAUCGUUUCUCCAAAGACAUUGGACAUAUGGAUGACUUGCUUCCCUUGACCUUUCUAGAUUUCAUCCAGACAUUGCUGCUUGUCAUCAGUGUGGUGGCUGUGGCUGUGGCCGUGAUUCCUUGGAUUGCAAUACCCAUGAUUCCCCUUGCCAUCAUUUUCUUCAUUCUUCGGCGAUACUUCUUAGAAACCUCAAGGGAUGUCAAACGACUGGAGUCUACAACACGGAGUCCGGUCUUUUCCCACUUGUCCUCUUCCCUCCAGGGGCUCUGGACCAUCCGGGCGUACAGGGCUGAAGAGAGGUGUCAGGAGCUGUUCGAUGCACACCAGGACUUGCACUCAGAGGCUUGGUUCUUGUUUCUGACAACAUCGCGAUGGUUCGCCGUGCGUCUGGAUGCCAUCUGUGCCAUCUUUGUCAUCGUUGUUGCCUUUGGGUCCCUGAUUUUGGCACAGACUCUGGAUGCCGGGCAGGUUGGCCUGGCCUUGUCCUACGCCCUCACCCUCAUGGGGAUGUUCCAGUGGUCUGUGAGACAAAGCGCCGAAGUGGAGAAUAUGAUGAUUUCGGUGGAGAGAGUGAUUGAAUACACAGACCUAGAAAAAGAAGCACCCUGGGAGUACCAGAAACGCCCGCCACCAGGCUGGCCCCACGAAGGAGUGAUCAUCUUUGAUAACAUGAGCUUCACGUACAGCUUGGACGGGCCUGUGGUAUUGAAGCACCUGACGGCACUCAUUAAAUCGACAGAAAAGGUUGGAAUUGUGGGAAGAACAGGGGCUGGGAAGAGUUCCCUCAUCUCAGCGCUUUUUAGGCUUUCAGAACCUGAAGGUAAAAUUUGGAUUGAUAAGAUCUUGACGACUGAAAUUGGGCUUCACGAUUUAAGGAAGAAAAUGUCGAUCAUUCCACAGGAACCAGUUUUGUUCACGGGAACAAUGAGGAAGAACCUGGACCCCUUCAGUGAGCACAGCGACGAGGAACUGUGGAACGCCUUAGAAGAGGUACAGCUUAAAGAAGCCAUCGAAGAUCUUCCUGGUAAAAUGGAUACUGAAUUAGCAGAAUCAGGGUCCAAUUUUAGUGUUGGACAGAGACAAUUAGUAUGCCUUGCCCGGGCAAUUCUGAAGAAAAAUCGCAUAUUGAUUAUUGAUGAAGCUACAGCCAAUGUAGACCCAAGAACUGAUGAGCUGAUCCAGAAGAAGAUCCGGGAGAAGUUCGCCCAGUGCACCGUGCUGACCAUUGCGCACAGGCUAAACACCAUCAUUGACAGCGAUAAGAUCAUGGUUUUGGAUUCAGGAAGACUGAAAGAAUAUGAUGAGCCGUAUAUUUUGCUGCAGAAUAAAGAGGGCCUCUUUUACAAGAUGGUACAGCAGCUGGGCAAGGGGGAGGCUGCUGCCCUCACUGAAGCAGCAAAACAGGUUUACUUCAAAAGGAAUUACCCAGAGAUUGCUCACACUGGCUCUGUGGUUAUGAACACUUCCAAUGGACAGCCCCCCGUCUUAACGAUCUUUGAGACUGCACUGUGAUUCCACCCAAGUGUCAAGUCAUCACGUUCCAGAGGCAUUUUCCCGUAGUUUUUGCACUGUACAAGCUACACUAUACUUUUUUUACAAACUCUAGCAAAAAAAUGUACACAUGCAAGAUGGCAGUGUAUUUGGACACUACCCCCCACCUCAUCCAGUGAUUUCAAGCUCUAAAAAAGUGGUUUUUUAUUUUUGCUUCAAUGUUAUAAUAUCUUACAAAUCCAAAUCAGAGGUGCAGGCCAUUGACAAAAACAGCAUUUGGUGCCUUAAUAGUCUCAGAGCCAAAGCCCCUUCAUUGUGUAAGGAAUGGGGCAAAAUUGUCACAGAUUGGUUGGUUCUGUUUUCCUGUUGAUCCCAAAUUACAUAUUGGUUUCCAGUGAU